CAAGAGAGAUGCCGUUUCUUGCACCCUCCCCUCCUCCUCCUCUUCUUAACUGCCCCCAUUUUCUUCUCCACUCGUCAGCCACCAGCAUUCCGCCCUCAGUUCUCGCAUACUCCCCGUCUCCCUCCCCAGUCUCCAUUUCACUCUCCAAAACUCCUUUUUUUUGUCAUAUCCCUUCCACGAAUUCUUUCUCAUUCUUGUUACUUUAACUCAUUGAACGAGAGAGAGAAUAAUUUAAGAAUGUCGUUCUGGAACGGCGAUUUUCUGAACAGCGAGCGCAAGCCGACGUCCAUCUUCGGGCUGAAGCUGUGGGUGGUGAUCGGCAGCGUCGGCGCCGCCAUCGUCCUUGUCCUCUUUCUCCUCUCCCUCUGCCUCACCGCCCGCCGCCGCCGCCCCGCCGCCCCCACCGGGAAACCCCUCAAGCUCCACCUCCAGGAUCCCACCCCGCCCGUCUCCAAGGACAUCCCCGAGAUCGUCCACCACCACCAGCAGCGCCACCGAGCCCCAUCCUCCGCCGCCGCCCUCGCCGAUGUCCAGAUCGACAUCGGCGGUAAGGCGGAGCACCGGGUGGUGCUGGCCGAGCAACACCGGCCGCCGGCUGGAGAGAGCCGGGGGACAACGGAGGGGACGACGCCCGUCGAUGGUGGGCGGGGGCCACCGGAGGUGUCGCAUCUGGGGUGGGGACACUGGUACACGCUGCGGGAGCUGGAGAGUGCCACCGGCGGGUUCGCGGAGGAGAAUGUCAUCGGAGAGGGCGGUUAUGGGAUCGUGUACCGGGGGCUCCUGGCCGAUAACUCCAUGGUCGCCGUUAAGAACUUGCUCAAUAAUAGGGGUCAAGCAGAAAAGGAGUUCAGAGUAGAAGUUGAUACAAUUGGGCGCAUUAGGCACAAGAAUCUGGUCAGGUUGCUUGGUUACUGUGUUGAGGGGGCUUACAGGAUGCUUGUCUAUGAGUAUGUAGACAAUGGCAAUCUGGAUCUGCUUCAUGGGGAUGUCGGAGUAGUGAGUCCGCUAACAUAUAUCAGGAUGAAGAUAAUACUGGGAACGGCAAAAGGGUUGGCCUAUCUUCAUGAGGGGCUUGAACCAAAGGUUGUCCACCGUGAUGUCAAAUCCAGCAACAUACUACUUGACCAGCAGUGGAAUCCAAAGGUGUCGGACUUUGGGCUUGCCAAGCUCUUGUAUUCUGAGAGGAGUUAUGUAACAACUCGCGUCAUGGGGACUUUUGGCUAUGUGGCACCUGAGUAUGCUAGCACUGGGAUGCUGAAUGAGAGAAGUGAUGUUUACGGCUUUGGGGUGCUUGUCAUGGAGAUCAUAUCUGGGAGAGCCCCUGUGGAUUACACAAGACCAUCUGGGGAGGUGAAUUUGGUUGAAUGGUUGAAGACCAUGGUCGGAGGCAGGAAAACUGAGCAGGUUGUGGAUCCUAAGAUGCCAGAGAAGCCAUCUCCCAAAGCACUCAAACGGGCACUUCUAGUUGCCCUGCGGUGUGUCGACCCUGAUGCGCAAAAACGGCCUAAAAUGGGACAUGUGAUCCAUAUGCUUGAAAUGGAUGAGUUGCUAUUUCAUGAUGAUCGUAAACUCGGGCGAGAAGCAUCUUCUCAGCCAUCAGACCGGUACAACCAAAGAGAGGAGGGAAGCUUCCGCAGGCAUGAUCAGACAAGCUGGCGAUGACAGGAUCAAGUAGGUGGCUGACAAUUUGAGCUUGUAAAUUUGCAACAAUAAUGGAAUUCUUCCCUUCUCGUCCGUUUCACGUUACAUUCUCAUCUUGCAUUCAGAACUGUGCUGAGAAAAUGAUUUCUUAUUGAGGACAUCCAAUUAUGGAAAUAAUAUUUGAUGAUAUCUUUCAGCUUGUAUCUACAAGUGGAUGUUGUCUGACUCGAAUUUUAUUUUGUCAUGGUCUCCUCUGCAUGCGGCCUCUUCACCACUGGAACCUAAAAUGUCCUUCAUGGCUUUGUCUCUUGCUUCCAAGUGGUCUUUCUGUGCCCUUAUUUCAAGAAACAUCAUUUAUAGCAGUAAUAUGGAAUAUAGAUGAUCAACAAGUAGAUGCUGUUGAUUUGAUUUGAUUUUUUUUUUCUCAA